AUGAAAUUAGGAUAUAAUGAAAUAAUGAUAACAUCAAUGUAUUUUAAUAAUAUUAAAGAUUUUAUUAAUUUAGAAAUAGGAAUUAAAAGAUUUCAAGGAAAUAUUGAACGAUUUCAUUUUAAUCCAAUUCCAUUAAAUCAAUAUUCAAGAAAAUUGUUUCCUAAUAUUGAAACAUUUCAUAUUUAUAAUGAAGAUGAUGAAAUAUUUAAAGAUGGAAUAAUAUUUAAACAUGUAAUAUGGUAUCCAGUAAGUUAUUCAACAUAUUUAAAAGAGAAAGAACAAGGAAAUAUCUAUAAAAAUAUAAAAUAUACAGAAGAAGAUAGAGAUAAAUAUGGGAAUACAAUACCAUCAGAAGUUAAAUUACUUGGAUAUCAGUGUUUUAAAUAUUGUUAUGGAUUAACAACAAUUAAUAUACCAUCAUCAAUUAUUGAAAUAGGAUAUAAAUGUUUUAAAGAAUGUUAUUCAUUAACAUCAAUUAAUAUACCAUCAUCAAUUAGUAAAUUAGGAUAUGAUUGUUUUUAUAGAUGUUCAUCAUUAACAUCAAUUAAUAUAGAUAAUAUACAAUUUAUUAGUAAAGAAAGAAUAUUUAUGAAUGAACCAGUGUUAGUUAGUAUUAAAAUACCAAAAAAUCUACAAAUAAUCAAUAGAAAGAAUAUUGAAAAGAAAGAUAUUAAUAAAUUUAUUAUUCCAUCAUCAAUUACUAAAUUAGAUGAUUGUUGUUUUUAUAAAUGUUCAUCACUAACAUCUAUCAAAAUACCAUCAUCAAUUAAUGAAUUAGGAAAUUGUUGUUUUUAUGAAUGUUCAUCAUUAACAUCAAUUAAUAUACCAACAUCAAUUACUAAAAUAGGAGAUGAAUGUUUUUAUGGAUGUUCAUCAUUAAUAUCAAUUAAUAUACCAUCACCAAUUAAUGAAUUAAGAUAUCGUUGUUUUAAAGAAUGCUUAUCAUUAACAUCAAUUAAUAUACCAGCAUCAAUUACUAAAAUAGGAGAUUAUUGUUUU